UGUCAAACUGGAAGCGGGUAUGCGCUGCUUGACAAGUGCGCGUCUCGAGGAGUACCCGCAUGGUAUCAUUUAUCCGCCGCAACUUUUGUAUGGAACCUUGCCAAAGUGGUUUUGCGUCCGUCAUUAGAACUUAUUAUGUCAAUGUAAACGUACAAGUGCUUCCUGAACGUGUUAACUAUUGGAUCUUACCACUGUAAUCGCUAGUCGCUUCCCAAGGUCUCGUAAGAAAAUGGACGCUGUCAGCAACGGAUCCCUGCAGCCAGAGUUGAAGCGAAAACGUUCCGACGCUGAAGAGCAAAGCGAAGAAUCGCUCAAGUUGAGGACAAAACAUGACAAUGAAUACUUCAAGUGCUACGCCGGACUGGACAUUCACAGAGAGAUGAUCGGUGAUUUUGCGAGGACGUUUACGUAUAGGAAGGCGAUAUUGAACAACUACAACUGCAUCUACCAGCGGUCCGUCUUGGACCUAGGAGCCGGCACAGGCAUCCUUAGUAUGUUCUGCGCUCAAGCGGGAGCCAGAAAAGUCUAUGCCGUUGAGGCCAGUGGUGUGGCCGAGGUAGCGAGAAAGGUUGUGUCGUCAAACAAAGUUGAAGACCAAGUCGUGGUGGUUCAGAGCAAAGUAGAGGAAGCAACUCUGCCUGAGAAAGUUGAUGUUAUUGUCAGUGAAUGGAUGGGUUACAUGCUCCUCUACGAGUCCAUGCUUCAGUCAGUGAUAUUUGCCAGAGACAAGUGGCUGAACAAGGAUGGUGUUCUCCUUCCAGAAAAAGCUCGUAUGUUUAUUGCUCCUCUGACUGACCCGGACGAAGGCUUUGAGAGGAUCGAUUUCUGGAAGAUGGUGAAGGACAACUUUCACGUGGACAUGUCUUGUGUCACUGAGUUCGCAAAGGCCGAGAUGUACAAACACAUUACGGUGAAAACUGUAGAUGCAGAGAAUGUGAUCUCAAGAGGCACUUGCUUUCUCGAGCUGGACCUCUACACUGUCAAGUCUGAAGACCUCCAGUGCAUUAAAGAAAACUUCAUGUGUUGUUGCUAUGGCCAUGGCAGGGUUCACGCCUUUGUCAUUUGGUUUUCGGUGGAAUUUCCUCGGGAUGUGAUUCUUUCCACAUCACCUUAUGACUCCGAGACGCAUUGGCAGCAGACAGUUCUCUACAUAAACCCUGUUGAUGUCAAGCAGGACUCAGAGAUUCGAGGAACUGUCACAAUCAAUCCAAGUGCUGACCACCAUCGAAUGUUGGACGUGGAGCUGGCCUUCACCGUGGAUGGCAGGCAGGCACGAAAGCAACUCUACCGAAUGAGCGAGUGCGGUCCUUGAAUGCUGGAAUUUUAAACUCUCCUGGCCUCCUUUUUUUGCCAGUGCUGUUUCAGCAUGUGUAUUUAUUUUACAUGGCAUGUACAGUGGAAGGCGGCAACCCUUCAAUGUCACAGAAAUAAACCCACAUAUGUUUAACCUUUCAUUUCACCAAAAAUCCAGAAGUUGCAUUGUGUCUAUGUUUGAAUGCCAUUGCACAGAAAGAAAAAGAUCUGUCCCACUGAAAGCUUGCCGCGCUUAUCUCUGCCUAAUUUAUUGAUAUGAGGAGUGCACUAUCAUUUCAGUGUUGUGCUGCAGAGACAAAUGGGAAGGAAAAUUAGAUGGCAACUGAAGGGGGUUAAUACAGUCAAACGUCAAUAUGUAACGAAGCCUCAUAUAAUGAAUUAUCGAAUACUAUAUGAAAUUAAAUAAGAAAUUGACUUCUUAUUGCCUUAUUUCAAUCAAGUGCUUUAUUAUAACAAAGCCAAGAAUGUGUGAUCUGAUGUGCUAUUAAUUACAAUGAAGCAAAUUCUUGUUUUCAAGUGGCACAAAAUAUCAUUCUGUUAGCAAAAAUUGUCGAGUACAGUCGCCAACCAAAUUUACAGAUGCCUGAUUUUUCAGACUUCUCUACGACACUUCUGCCUGCCCCUAGAGCUCAUGUGUAAUUGCAACCAAAGUUUCAGGUGCUGCUAAAUUUUUUUAUGUGACCUGCGUACGCAAUGCAGGAAACAUGGUUGUGAACGGAGUUGCUGUUACGUCAACUUGGCGCCAAGCUGCAACUUUGUUUGCUGGCUGAUUGCUGACUGUAGCUGAAUUUUUGUCUGCUGGCUGAAGCAGCACAGGUUACGCCUAGCACUUUGGGCAGUAUGACAGGGACGAAAAUUUGUUGACAGCCACAGAGUGGCUGGUGACGUGUCGUUGGUGGACGCUUGCUGUCAAUAUGUCACACCAGUAGUCAUCGGUGAUCAAGCAAGAGAUUGCAGCACGCACAGGCUUGACUGACGAAUACACUGAUGGCCGUAAUAGUGGAGGUCGGGUUCAUGUGUUUCGCCCUCCGUGUCUCAAAAAGUUGGUCUGCAAAUGUGCUCAGCAAGACCAACUUCAAACGGCACAUUCUGGAUACCCUAUUUUCCUGACUAUGUAUAUAUGUAGUCCGAAGGGGCCGAUUUGGGUCUAAAAUAAAAAGUUUUUUUAGAUAGUCUGCCUCCAUUGUAUGGUCUGCAGGGAUAAACCAGCAUGCAGUUGAGAAGCAAAGAUGCAUUCUCAUCCAUUAAAAGUCUGGGCGCUUUAUUGCGCUUCAUAUAGUAGCCAUUCCUUAAGCCCAUCAAACACUCAUCGGCGCUGUAAGAACGAAACAAGUCGAGCAGGUGGCAUUCAACAAACACCUCCUCAAUGUAUUCAUCGCCUUCAGAAUCUGACAUCUCUGUUACGGCAGUUUUCAGUCUGGCUUUCUUAAAACCGUUGACAACGACUUCAGAUGGUAUUGCUUGUGCUCAGUCGUGAUGAUUGUGCAGCUGAUUUCGCUGCAUUGUAGUGCGGGAAAUAUUUGUAGGCAGUUUGUGAACGUGGUUUUUUCAAGCAUGCUUCCUACCUUAAAAUAUAGUCAUGUAUUGUCGGCACCUGUAGAUAGUUUGCAUCUCACAAAUUCUCUACUUUUAAACUUGUGUAGCCUGUGAAUAUAGUCCGGAUAGUAAGGUACUUGUGCAUUGCAGCCCACAGCUUGGCUUGGUUGAACUGCAGCCUGCAGUCAAACAGUGCCGAUCUCAUGUGAUCACACUGAUUGUAUAUUAGUGGCAUUACAAAACAUGCACACGUAAUUGUUGUACCUAUUUCGCGUGUUAGCACAGCAGGCAACCAACGGGCCAUCAAAAUUUGCAGGAAACUUUUUGCUGACCCAUCAGUUAGAGGCGUUACACUUGCAUAGAUUUCAUAAUUGUUUUUUUUUUUUGCCUAUGUCGGUAAGUUUAUAAUAAAUAUUGGAUAUAAUCAAGUAUUUUCGUGUCAGAUGCGAGUUUGUUAUGAUGUUGAAUUGUGGUGAGGUACCUCACGUACAUAAACCGCUAUUGGGUAGAUAGAGAGGGAAGGUUUACCAUUAUUUGAUCUAUUCACAGCUUCCUCACUGCUGCCAGAGACAAGCAGAUAGCGAUAGCAUGCAGGUUUUCAGAGCUGUCCACAAAAGCAUGGCACAUUGGUGUGUACACUUUGUAUUAAAACAGUGAUGUCUGAGCAAAAUGUUUACUAUAGAGUUUCAAUAUAAAGGCAGAGUCAUUUCAAACUGCUACAUCAGCGAACAAGAUAGUCCACAAUUUGAUCUACACUGCAUUCGGAGAGGCUGCAUUGGAGCAGACCUUCGAUUUUGGCAUGCAAUGCCAGUUGGGCAAGAGGUUCAACGAAAGACUGCUGCAUUCGUCGGGGGCGCAUUGGUACCUAAAGCAAUGGAGCGAAUUGUAAACUUGGCUUGUGGCAACAGUUAAAUGUAAAGUUCACAACAAGUCUGCCGCACAUUUCAGGGUGUGUUGGCAGCUGGAGCGAAAACUGUGCAGUUUUGAGCCCUGUAUUUGUGCUGUGAGCACGUGUCUCUGGCUAGGAGUAAGUAUGCUAGUGUCUAUUACAACGGGAGGGACCAUAGCGCCUGGCUCUUCACUGCAUCAAGGUUUUCUGUUAUGGAGAUCAAAAGAAUUCAGUAGAAGCCUUGCCUUAUUUUAGUGUAAGCCAAGUAUCAUUAAAACUAAUCCCGGCCACGGCGGCUGCAUUUCGAUAGGGGCGAAAUGCGAAAACACCCAUGUACUUAGAUUUAGGUGCACGUUAAAAAACCCCAGGUGGGUGAAAUUUCCGGAGUCCUCCACUACGGCGUGCCUCAUAAUCAGAAACUGGUUUUGGCACGUAAAACCCCAUAAUUUAAUUUUUUUUAUUAACUAAAACUAGUUUUUAUGAUGGGCAGGUUUUACUGUAUUAGUGUUUGAGAAGAUGCAUACAUUGUGCCAUCUUGUAGUCUAUGGAGUAAAAUGUGUUUUCCUCUUGCAUACGCGUGUUGAAGGAAUGGCUCUGUAGAGACUUGAUGGAUGAAGUUUGGAUGAAACUCGAGCAGAAUCGAGAUGACAGCUUCUCACAUUCUUGCUGCUGCCUUCGUAGACGUGGAUGGCCAAGUUCAAAUGCAUUUGUACACCCUAGGAGGUGAUGUUCAGAACAUAUGAUCAUACCCCAUUUUUGUUUUUUUCAUGGGCAUGUGUUUCCUACUUGUUUCAGCUUUACUGUAUUGAAUUUGUGUUUGCUUUCAAAUCUUGAUUUAGCAUGGUUAUAAUAAAUCAUUAUAAAAUGUUUUUUUUUUUGUUUUUUGCCAUAUCAGCACGUAAUUAACAUUGGAUAUAACAAGGGUAUACUUGUGUCAGAUGUGACUUCGUUCUAUUGAGGUUUGACUUUAUUGGACUGCAUUUUAGUGGGACACCUUGUACAUAAUUGAAAGAUUGGUGCAUGAGUGUAGUUUAUUAUUGCAGAAGAUUAAGUUGAACUAGGGCAUCUUUGACAGGCCUGCCUGGUUCGAGCCUUGCUUUUUUCCUGUGCUUGCAUUGGACAACUUUUACAUAUUUUGAUACAGCUGUAGCUUGAGUUCAGAAUGUCAGUGUUACCCUCUUAACAAUUUUAUGUUGGAGUUGUAUAAAGUUAAACCUAUCCUCAUCAUGUGAGUGAAGCAGCAUCGAGAGAUACAAAUUAUGGUGUGUUUUGAUAGCAUUGUGCCAUAUAAUGGGUAAGAACAUGCGCUUUUGCUACUGCUGCUGUUGCCGUUUACUGAUGGCAUUGCUACCUCCGGUAUGUGACAUGUCAUAAGCACAGUGAUCUUUUAAACCUUUUUCGUACCUUACUUGAUUAUGCAGGGUUCAGCCUGCAAACUUGCAUGGCCAGAGUUUUUUUUUACUUCAUAGAGCAUAUAGCGGCUUUUAUCAUUCAUGUACACUAAUGCUUUGUUACAAUAAAACAAAACAGCUAUUCAAAUGACCAGCCUUUCUUUAUGUUUUUAAUAACUCUGUGACCACUUGCAGUUUUGUGCGCUGUAGUUGGCAUCCCAAUAUGCCCCCCCCCCCCCCCCUCAAAAAAAAAGAAUGGCCGAGGUCAGGAUUUUAGCAUAACCAGCCAGAAAGGUCUGAGAAGUUUCUUGCAGAUGCUCUCACCCCUAACACUUUAAUAUGCACGCCUUUUGCUUAGCCUAGAUCUUUAGCACAUUGUUAAAGACAGGUUGAUGGAUAUUUUCUUUAGUGCAGGAAUUGUGUAGCAUCUUAUUAUAUAUGUAGUAUCUUCUGUUUGGCAUGAGGCUGCUCAAUGCCAGGCAUCUGCUCAAAUUUGUGAAGAACCUGCCAUGGUGGUGUUGUAGCUUCGGUGUUGCGCUCCUAAGCCCGAGGACGCGGGAUAGAAUCUUGGCCACGGCGCCGGCAUUUCAAUGGGGGCGAAAAGCAAAUACCGCAUUGGUUGAAGAACCUCGCGUGGUCAAAAUUAGUCUGGAGUUCCCCACUACAGCAAGCUUCAUAAUCAUAUCACGAUUUUGGCGCAUAAAAUACCAGAAUUUUUUUAUUUGUGAAGUAGCGAAAUGUACAAUCUUGGAAAAGGUAGGAGAAAUUGGUCUGCAAUGUGCAGUUUAAUUGGGUAAGUUAAGGCUGACGUAUUUGUAUUGUGGAAUAUGAACAGAUACUGAAUAAACACGAUUUUGUCGGCUACA